UGAAGUCGUGUCGGCAGCUGAGUAUGACAGUAAGAAGUCCGCACACUGCCGCCUCCAACGCUCCUGGUCCGUGGCUACUGCGUCAGACCUACUCCUGGAUAGACAGGCAGGGUCGACCCGUCUCGCCGCCCCUGGAGUACGCCCGCGCUUCCCCACCCGUGCUGGUAGCACCGCCGCCCCCGCCCCCACGGUGGAACUACUCCCGCAACACCAAGGAUAGGCCGGUUAGGAAGGUGGAGCUGAGUAUAGAACCAGGCCAGAGUCUUGGGUUGAUGAUUCGUGGUGGAGUCGAAUACAACUUGGGUAUCUUCAUCACUGGGGUCGACAAGGACUCGGUUGCCGACAGAGCUGGUCUCAUGAUCGGUGACCAGAUCCUGGAAGUUAACGGGCAGUCUUUCCUAGACGUCACCCAUGACGAGGCCGUGAACCAGCUCAAGUUCCACAAGCGUAUGACCUUGACUGUUCGUGACGUGGGGAAGGUACCGCACUCUUGCACCGCCUACGACUCCGACCCUUGGGAGACGCCUCAGGGGAGGAGAGUCCACGCCUCCAGGUCCGCCGCUCUCCAGAUGGUGGACGAGAAGGCCAGAGUCGUCCUGAAGAAGAGCGAGUUCAACACGCUCACUUACUACCUGGACGAGUACUCCGCCAGGCAGAUGACCAUAGAGGCCUUCGUCGCCGUGUUGCUCGAGCUCCUCAACACGCCAGAAAAGUACACGCUGUUGACGGAGCUGCGGGAAGUGGUAAUGCCAGAGGACCGAGGGAGGUUUGACGAAUUGGUCUACCGGAGAGAAUCUGAAGGCCAGCGGCUCCAGCACAUGAUGGACUCCAGGCAUUCCAGCCAUACUAGACGGAAAGGAGGAGGCGGCUACGAUGCGAACCAUCUAUUACCCAACAUGCACCACGAGUCGCCAGAGUACCACGCGACCGCACGUCCCUGCCGGGUGCCCGUCUGUCCGGAAACUAUCUAUAGCGAGCCCGAAGAUUUCCGGACGCCCAGCGAGGACUCCGGACUGGGGCUGGGUCCGGAGCUAGGUCCUGGGCCUAGUUUGUACACACGUGAGGUGAUAUGCAGAGAGCGGGACUGCCCCGUCAAUCAGCGCUGGUCUCCGACCUGCCUCAACAAACGCACCUCAGACCUCGCCCUCAGCAACGAUGAGGACUACGACCAUGGACACCAGGAGUACGGAGUGUGUGACGGUGACCUGGAGGCCCGACGCCGACACUCCGCCCUGUCCACGAGCGUCAAGGCGCUCAACCAGCCGCCCUACGACGACGCCAACAUGUGUGGAUACUUGGAAGGCCUAAGGUCCCAUUUGGGCGGGUGGACGCAGAGAGUCAAAUCCUGGUACUGGGGGAAUCCUCUCCAGCUGGCACACAAGCUGGGGCGGGGGUUCGACCUGAAGGAGGAACAGGAGUUGCUGGAGGCAGAGCCCGGGGGGUUGCGGAGACACGGGUCUAACAUGCGACUGUCCCGCGGCGACCUGCAGGAUUCUUCCGCUGACAACGAGGCUCAGGUGGUGGCGGAUCAACAGGGCAACCUGAGGAUAACGGUGAAGAAGACCAAACCUCUGCUGGGGAUCGCCAUAGAGGGAGGUGCCAACACACGGCACCCUCUGCCUAGAAUCAUCAAUAUCCAUGAGAACGGAGCAGCUUUUGAUGCGGGUGGCUUGGAAGUGGGGCAACUAAUACUGGAAGUGGACGGACACAAAGUGGAAGGGAUGCAGCACCAAGAGGUCGCUAGGCUGAUAGCCGAAUCGUUCGCGAGAAGAGAAAGACAAGAAAUCGAGUUUUUAGUGGUCGAAGCUAAGAAAUCAAACUUGGAACCAAAGCCAACAGCAUUAAUAUUCUUGGAGGCGUAGCACUUCCGUCUCCCCCCUCCUACCCGUGUGUGCUACGCUAUGCAGACGUGCUACGCUGUGUUCGUGAAUUAUCAGUUGCUAGUUCAUUUAUUUCUGGUUGCCAGCUCGGAAGUCAAGAAAACUGUGUGGAGUGUUCAAUUUUCUUUAUUUUUACAGUGUUAGUAAAAACCAAAUUACAUUUAUCAAGAGGAUGUAAUUAUAACAUUUAUCAAAUUAUGUCUACGUUUUGUGGUGAAAUAAAAUUGUAAAUUAUGUUUGUUGUAUUCAGAGAGAAAUUUACGGCAUUGUUGAAGUUUUAAAUUGUAUUUAUUAUUCAUAAGGGCAAUAAAAGUGACUCCUAGUAUUUUCUGGCCCGAAACAGAUAGAAAAAUUCAAUCUCUAGGAUAAUGUUUUAGGUCAAUGGCGAUCACAUGUGAGUGUUCUUAUUAAAAGUAACAAAAUACUUAUCAAAAAAGGGAUUAUUCUAAAAUUGGGGCUCUUCAUUUCAAAAUUUUCAAAAACUUUCGAUUCCUACCUACGUUCAAUAAAGUAUGAAAGGGCUUUAAAAAGAAGGUGCUUUAAUAAUAAGUGUGUACUUUCAUUAUUUUAGAGACAUUUAAGCCAACAUCAAAAUUGGGCUCAACUCAAAGAACGCGAAAUGUUUACAAAUUUCCAGAAUUUUAGUAAGGGUUGAAAUAAAUAAAUUGUUCUUAUAUUUUCCUCAUUAAUGGAUUGCAUAUGAUAUUCCCACUUUGAGCUGUUACAAUUUGCCAUAUAAUGUUGCAUGUUGUAUCACAAUUAAGGAGGAAAUUCAGAGGUCAAAAUAACGUAAAUUUAAUAAUAAGUUAACCUCAUUGACCUAAAACCACUCAUAAAGUUGCAAUUUUCUAUCAAAACCCUUAAAAUUUAAUGAGGACACAAUUACAAUGUACGUGACGAAAAGAAUGAAUUAUCCAUGUUACUUGGUAUUGUUGAUAACAAGUUUAGGUAUUUAUGAAGUUAAAUAUUUUUUAAUAUACUAAUGUCAAAGCAUGGGCUUUAAAUUGUAUGGUACCGUUUAAAAUUGCUAGUUUAUUCACUGUAUACGUUUAAAAGGUAUUUUACUUUGAUACUAACAAUGUUUGCAGUGAUAAAUACAAUGUUGAUAUUUUCUCACCACAUAUCAGUGCAGCAGUAAAGUGAUGUUGCACGUUAAAAAAUUGUUACAUCAUAUUGUUCAUUGUUGAUUCAAGCUGUGGGUUACAACCCACAAGUGUACCUGUUUUAUUUAGUGUUACCAAGUACUGAUUACUUUGUAACACAACUGAAUUUUACUGGGUUGGAACCCGUGUUGUCGAGCAAGUACAGUAUACGUCUACAAGUCCAGGUCGCUAUGUUAGCCGUGCCUAUGAACAGAGUCUGAUGGACGGUUACUGGAGGAGACUUAUCAGCUUUCCAUGUGCAGUUCCUUUAUCUGUGAACAUUCGUGACAAACUUUGUUUUUUACUUAUGAGAGACCAACUACUCGACCCAUUGUGUGCCAAAUAACAUGUUAUAAAUAUGAUAUAUAUUUUUUAAGUAAAAUAUUACAUUAAAAAAGAACAAAAUAUUAGCUUAGCUGUUUUUAAAUAAUUCAAAAACUGAUGUCUGUAUAGCACGCCUUAUCGCCACACUAUGUUUGCCGUCUACCUGCCACUGCUUGUUUUAUGUUUCUAGCUACCCGGUCCCAGCUGUGUACAUAUUUGUAUAUAUUGCAACAAUGAACCCCCCUUCUCUCCAAAAGGCCCUCUUCUUUCACUAUUGAUUCACCUUCACAACUGAUCAACACCCACGUGCAAAACAAUGCUCAAUAUACAAUCGUUCGCAUUCGUUAAAAAUAAAAUUCGUCUUAGCAAAAGGAUAAUAUAAUGUAAUGAAAAACAUGAAAUAAAUUUUAUAACGCAUUAAACGGCUUUUCUAACAAUUCAAUAGAAAACACUUUCAGAAGACUGAUGCUAAAAUAAACAAGGGCAGUAAAAUUGUGAAAUAAAUUUUAUACCUGUAAGAACACGUCAUUAACCAAGUUCUAAUCUGAAGUAAAGAAAAUCAUUCUUUCUUGUAUUACUUUAAGCUAUAACGAUAUGCAAUUUUUAUUUACGUAGUAAAUAAAUUCAAUUUAUAUUUUUCAUCAUUUUUAUUUUACACCUUUGUGGUGUUUGGUUACUUUUUAACAGUUAAAGGUCUUCAUAAUUGUAUUUUCAAUAUGAGUAUACUGAAUUUAGUUUUCACUUAAUUGAAACAAAUUGUGUAUUUACAAUUUACCAAUACAUUACAAAUAUUUUGUUGAUGUUGUGUAGAAAAUUUAAUUUACUAGGCAAUGUGAUAUACAGUACUGUAUAGUUACCUAUAUUUGAACUUGCAAUUUUAGUGUUUGAUUUGUAUUGUUAUUGAUAUGCUAUAUCAAAACGUAAUUUACAUGGUUUAGUUAAGAAUAAACGUAAAGUAUCAUAUCGUGCUUCGAGAAGUUAUGCUGUGUUGUAGAAAUGUUAUGUUGCACUAACAAAAAUAGAAAAUAUUUUUGUCUCGAUAAAUAUUUUAUUUGUUGUAAGUUAAAAACUGUGAUUGUAAAUAGUUCAUGUGAAGAGCACAUUUGUUGAAAUUAUGAGUAAAGGAGGUAAAAGAAAAAAACAUGAAAUGGCAUUACUUCAGUAUUUAAAACCAACUACAAUCGCUGGGUAAGAUAAUGUUCAUUUUUAAAUUAUCAAGUAUUAGGUUUAUGUGAUGUUAAAAAUUGUUUGCUCACUGAAAAUGAUAAGGAGACUGGUUGGUAAGUAAUUCAGUGAAAUCCCACGUAUUAUAGUGAAUUUAAUUCACUCCGAUACACAAAAGAUUGAAGUAGUUCAUUGUUCAUAUAUGUGGUAUAUGUAAUUGUAUUAAUUCGUGAUAAAAGAAUUUGUUUUCUUUUAAAUUAAAAUCGUGUUACAAUACAAGUUUUAGAAUAAAAGUGAAUUGGCAAAAAUAAUUUUGGUUUUCAUCUAUUUAUAUUUAUUAAAACAUUAGAAAACCAUUUAAAGUUUUACACUGUUGAAUAAAUUGCUUUCACUGAAAAUAUAUAAUCUUAGAAAAAUGCUCGUAAUUCGUUCAGGUUAUAUUAAAAUACCAAAUUCAAUUCCGGCAAUGGUUACCUUUCUUGGAAAUCACUCAUUCAGGAAACCCCAAAAUACAAAAUAUGUGUCAACAUCAGGUAAGUCAUAACGUAACAUCUUAUAAUAAAUUUCGAACGAAAUGUUAUAAAGUCACCCGAUUAAAAAACUUCCAGCAAUCUGCGAAACGUUCUAUAUCAGUAUGCUCCUUCAUUCCUAUCCUUCAAAGAAUGACUAUCUUCUUAUUCUAUGAUCUAUUUCACCAUUUUCACGCUUAUUUUGCUGGUCUGUAUUAUGUUCUAAAAGCUUUGUAUAUUAUGUAAAUAAGCACCUAGUGUAACUAGAACUAACGUUUUAUUUCACGUUGGUUAAAUAUUUCUUUUGAGACAUGUAAUGUGUUAUACUUAUUGUCUUGUAAUAAAACCAUAUUGCGUAAUUUUCAUCGGAAGAGUUUUUAUUUUAAACUCUGUUUGGUGCUGACUCGUAUAUUAAUAUAUUGUUGACAGUUAUCUUAAAAUGAUUAAUGAAACCCCAUGUUUGAAUGGUGAUUAACUAAAUAUUACAAUUGAAUACAAAAAUGGAAUUUUAUUCAUUCAUUUAUUAGUAGUGUACCUUCAAUGUUUUUUAAAGUUGUAUAUUUCUUUGACACCUGACAUGAUGCACCUUUUCAAACUAUUUAUUCGAUUUCAUAUUUAAAACAUACUUCAAUUUUUUUUAUACCUUAAAAGGGUACAAUAUCGAAUUAAUUUUAUAGCUACAUUAUCUAAUAGCUAUUUUUGUUUAAAAAAUUAGAGGCCGAUCCCACUUUAACCCUUAUUCUGCCUGUCCUCAAGAGCCACUGGCCUGUGCGAGGAUCUUAUCAAACAGAUUGAGGGAGAGAGUCGAUACAGUACAAGGUCGAUAGUAUUGAUAAAAAGUGCAACAGUCACAGACAGGAUUUGAACCUGUGCUAUCUCUAAAUCAGAUCCAAAGUCCGACGUCUUAGACCGCUCGGCCUUCGGCACUCCCCCAUGUCAUACCAAAAACAUUACGAUUUUGUAGUUCAACCGAAACAAUUAUGACUACAUAAAUUAUAAUGCUACAUCAUUCGCUAAAUACAAAACCUUCUUUAUUGCAAUAAUAAUUUUUAUUUUUUCAGUUGCGUCUGACAAAAUCCUACAGAGCUUAUUAGGUACGAAUGUAUAAAAACAUAUUUUUAUGGUAGUAAUAUAAACAAAAUUUGUACACACGAUAUAAAUUCAUAUCCCAUAAUCUUUACAAAAUUCUAAUAUUUUCAAUCCAUUAUACAAUAUUAAAAAUAUCAGAUACCAUACUUUCAACAUUAUUCGGUACCUACUUAAUUUAUCAUAAUUAUUUAUUAUUUAUUUUCUAUACAAAAACGAUUUAUCAUUUUAUUGUAUAUUACUAAUUAUGUGGAAUAAAGUAAUAUAUCAAAUAAAAUUUAUUUGAUUUAUUAUAUGAUUAUUUUAAAAAGCAGUACCAGCUGACAUAAAUACAAAUACUUACAGUCGUUACUGCAUUAGAACUUAUACUGGUAACAGAUUGCUACAAUGUUCACCAAACACAUAUUUUGAAUUAUUAAGCUACUAUUUUUUUAGUGCCAAAUUCAGUUAAUAUAAUUUCAAAAUUUUACAAUGCAUAAGAGACAAGCAUUCACAAUUGAGUAUCUUAUCCUUUUCAAUAACAGAUGCAGGUGAUAAAUUCAAAAUUCUGCAGCGUUUAUCAAACUGCGUCAGUCACAGAUUGUCAAAAACUGGUGCAGUCAAAUAAGUUCCAAAUACAACAGCGCUUGGUUAAGUAAAAGCAUCCACAAUAAAGUUCCUUAGUAAUUAAUUUUAGAAAAAAGUAUCACAAAGUUUAAAAAAUGCAUAUUUUAGAGCUGAACUUAAUUCAAAGCUUAUGUCAUAAAGAUAUUUACGAUCAUGUUAUUAUUAAACUCUAACCGUCUUUCAAUAACAGAUCAUUGUACUGGAACAAUCGUUGAAUUAUUCUAGUUAUUUUGUUUUAUAAUGUCAGUGUGGUCCCUCGUACUACGAUUAUUAGUGACAUUUUUCUUAACUGUUACUGCAAGCAUUUUUAUGCCGUUCUUACUAAAAUGUCGAUGUUUAAUACGGUUUAGUUAAUUGCCAUUCAUACACAUAUCCUUAAUAUAAGGACAUUUAUAAAGCUGUGACCGUAAACCGAACUUAUGUACACGUUUUGCUACUUAGGCUAAGAGAAUUAAGUUUUUACACUGGUUUAAAAUGGCUACUGCACAGAUUUGUUCAUAACUCUUGACGGUUGUUGAUUAGUUUGUAACAAAGUAUUUCCAUUAUUAUAGCAGGCCUACUGUGCAAUAAAAUUAUUGUGGUUUGUUUUACAACA